CUUCGCGCGGCUGUACGAGGAGGCGCGUGCGGUCAGUGGGCGGGUAAAAACACACAGCGUUGAGGGAGCGGAGAGGGUAUGUCUGUGAUGCAGAAAGACUGAAAACAAAGCCAUUACCGUCGACUUGUAAAAAGAGCAUUUUCUAUUUUGUACAUACAUUAUUUUGUAUAUACUGUUUAUGAUGACUUCAGUGGUCACUGAUGCUGCCAAGGGGAAUCGGGACAGAGCCCUACCACAAACCACACACACCUCACAGCCACAGAAACAGAUACAGGCCACAGCCGAACAGAUCCGACUCGCCCAGAUGAUUUACGACAAAAACGAUGCAGAUUUUGAGGGCAAAGUCCAGCAGCUCAUGGAGGUUACAGGCAAAAAUCAGGAUGAGUGUAUGGUGGCCCUUCACGACUGCAAUGGGGAUGUCAUCAGGGCUAUAAACUUCCUGCUGGAGGAGGUCACUGUCAAGGACUCAUGGGAGACAGUUGGCAAGAAGAAAAGUGUUGGAAAAGAAGGGACAGCUCCAGAGAGCAAGGAGAAGAGAGGUGAAAGGGAAGGCAGAGGCCGCGGGGGUCCAAACAGACGUGGCCGAGGGGCCAGCCACAACCAGGAAGGACGGUCGGAAGAGAACGGGUUUGAUUCAGCUCCAGGAGAGAGAGGAGGAGACCGUGGGCGCAGAGGAAGAGGAAGAGGUGUAGGAAGCCGAGGAAGAGGCCGAGGAGCUGGAAUAAGCAGGUUCUCUCAGGGAAUGGGUAGGACGUUUAACCCUGCUGACUGCACCGGCUCUGCUGAGGCAGGGGAGGCUGGAAAUGAGACUACUGAAGGAGCAGGAGCCUGGAAGGACAGUGUGGAGGAUUGGGCAGCUGAAGACUGGAAUGAAGAUCUAUCUGAGACCAAAGUGUUCACUGCUUCUUAUGCGCUUGGCUCCAAGAACCCCGUGCAGCCUGGACAGGGGAUGGAUCUCGGCUCUCUGUUGCCUAAGGUGGCUGAGGGCGACUCUGAGCUGGCCGGAUUGGAGCCGUCAUGCCCUGAUACUCUCACGCAGAGCCUGGUGUUCACCAACUCUCAGCAGCACACCACCCGAACACACACACACAGCUAUGCAUCUGCUGCUGCAGGCACUUAUGCACACGCUGCAUCGUCCAUGCUGGGAUCCAGGUUUCCCCAGAAUGAUUUACAGAAAAUGGAGCCAAUCAGCACACCCCGAAUUGCCCCUUUGUCCAAUCAGUUUUCAGGGGUACUGGGUAAUGGCACUGCAUCUGUUGAAUUUACUGCUUCGGUGCCUGUCGAAACUACCCCUGUGACCCUGAAUGAACCCAAGGAGACCUCUGUUACAACAGCUCUCUUGGACCUGAAGCCCCAACCUGACCCGUCCCCCAUCCUCGGUCGUCUGACCCAGCAUCAGAAUGCAGCACUCCAGUCGGACCUGCCGGCUCAGGCCCGAGACCCUGCCCCACUUCCCCCACAUGAUGGGCCUUCUCCAACACUGAAACGCCUCUGUGAGCCUGUCAUCACCACGACAGAGCCGCCACAACCCAGAACCAUCAGACCACAGAGACGGAGAGCGCCACCUCCCUCUAAGGUGACAAAAUACCCUAUAGCCCCUUUUAUUGUUUGUCUGUGAGUUCUGUUGUAAAUG